UUCACCUGUGCUCUGACCUCUGCAGGGAUCACGUGUUUGCAGUGAACCUGACGACAGCUUCAGAAGAGUUUUUCCCUCAGCUGAAGCUGACAUGGCGAUCUGAAGACGUCAGCAAGUGUACGGUCAGAGGAAAGAAUAGCGACGAGUGCUACACAACUACGUCAAAGUGCUGGUGCCGCGAGAUGACGAAACGCUGUUCGCCUGCGGUACCAACGCCUUCAACCCCACCUGCAGGAACUACAAGGUGAAGUGUGAAAGUGAAUACUACUUCCCUGAUGGCUCCCACAAGAUUGCUGACAUCCUCG